AUGGCGGCUGAACCGUCUUGCCCAAGUAAGGCGGUGGUCAGCAGCCGAGAAGAACAUUCUGGUAGACGCAUGAAGUCACCAACAGGGAGAUUUAUGCUACACAGUCGCUUUAUCGUCGUCCUUGCGCUGGUUUUUGCCUUCGCCUUCCUUCAGCCUGCGGUUCUCGUCGCAGCACAACGGCAGGGUCGGACCUGUAAGUUGGAGGAUGGUAGGGUGUUGCAACCGGGAGAGGUUAUGCAACAAGCCCGUGCCUGUAUGGUGUGUGUGUGCGACGGUGACUCUGGCGAGGUUGUCUGUUCACGUCAGACCUGUCCGGCUCUGGAUUGCGGUCCCGAGGGCGUUGAACCAGCCCAGCCCAGCGAGUGCUGUCCCAAGUGUCGGCGUUUAUCCACCCUCUUCCGAUUACUUCUAUGCACCCUUCUGGUGCGUGAGACUCCACCCAGCACUCUUCGUUACUACACAAGCGAGAUUCCAACAACGGAAACGACCUCGACAACCACAACGCGUCGCCCAACGACAACCACUACAACCACAACUCCUCGACCCACGCAACCGCCGAUCAUGGGAGCGAUGGGUCUCCCCGGACCGCCGGGACCCCCUGGACCGCCUGGUCCUCCGGGAGACCCCGGGUUGGACGGCGAACACGGUGUUCCCGGUCCUCCCGGACCUCGUGGACCGCGGCAGAGAGCUAUGACCAAAGGUCCUGAAGCCAGGGAAGUCGACGCCUAUCAGGAACUCCAGCUCACGUCUGGACCUCCAGGAGAAGCUGGUUUCCAAGGUCCUCCCGGGCCUAUUGGAAUCGUCGGGCCUGCAGGUCCGUUAGGUCCGGUCGGAGAUGUUGGUCUGCCAGGUCCGAUGGGAGCGCGAGGUCCUCCUGGACCGAUGGGUGAAUUCGGACCUGAGGGUGAACCUGGUCGACACGGUGCGAAGGGACCACGCGGCCUCAUGGGUCCCAUGGGGUUGUCCGGCGACCCAGGUCCCAAAGGACCCACCGGGAUGCGUGGCGAGGUGGGCGAACAGGGCAACCCUGGUCCGAAGGGAAAGGCCGGCGAUCAAGGACGAAAAGGCCCCGCUGGACUUAUGGGGCCUAAAGGAGCUGUUGGCUUGCGCGGGCCAAUUGGUAAACCUGGACCUCGUGGUGUUCCUGGACCUCAGGGGCCAAGAGGUGUGGACGGCCCAACGGGAGCUCAAGGCCCCACAGGUGAACGCGGUGAACAAGGUCCAAUGGGUCCGAUGGGCUUCCAGGGAGCCGAAGGACCCAAGGGUUCUCCAGGUCCAAUCGGCCCGAAGGGUGAGCCCGGCUUCCAAGGUCCGCCCGGAGCUCGUGGUCUUCCAGGUCUUACAGGACCACCUGGAAAGCAGGGUAAAAUGGGACCACCUGGUAUUCGAGGUGUGAAGGGCGAAAUCGGCUCCCGCGGCCGCAUGGGACGCCUCGGUUCUAUGGGCCCCCGUGGCUUCACAGGAGGCGAUGGUGACGAAGGACCUCCUGGAGCAAAGGGUCCUGAAGGUGCUCAAGGAUUGCAGGGGUCACAAGGUCAACCUGGUCCUGAAGGCUCCAAGGGACCUUCUGGUGAACAAGGUCCCCCGGGACCCCAGGGCCCUGCCGGUAAACGUGGACCACGAGGAGACGUUGGCCCAAUGGGGCCAAAAGGCUUCACCGGUUCCCGCGGGUUGCCAGGGUCCAGAGGCCCUCCUGGUCCAGAAGGCCCAGCUGGUCCUGCUGGAAUGGUUGGCGAUGCCGGACCGGUUGGACCCGUUGGACAGAAGGGGCACAUGGGUGAUCCCGGCCCUGCUGGCCCACGAGGCCAAACUGGCUUCAGAGGUCCGCGUGGAAGACGUGGUGCCGAGGGUCCAACUGGCGAACCUGGACAAAAGGGCCCACCCGGUCCGUCAGGCAAGCCAGGCGCGGGUGGUCCACAAGGUCUCCAGGGCCCAGUCGGUCCUCAGGGGGCACAGGGUGCGCGGGGUCCCCCAGGCCCCAUGGGCAAAACCGGCGAGGUCGGCCCCGUCGGUCAGCGUGGACAGCAGGGCGACCGUGGCGCCCGCGGUGAACCGGGACCCGCUGGACCCCACGGACCUCCGGGGGCCCAGGGCGCUCGCGGUCCAAGUGGCAAACGCGGUCCCAUGGGACCCGAAGGACGCGCUGGCCAGGAAGGACCAGAAGGACCGGCUGGCAAACAAGGCGAUCCAGGUGCGCCUGGUGAGGCCGGAGACGUCGGACCGAGAGGAUCCGCUGGAGAGCGCGGAGCACCGGGUCCGAUGGGCGCUGUUGGUCCGCCCGGUCCACGGGGUGAACGCGGUCCUUCAGGCGACACUGGGCCUGACGGUCCUCAGGGCGAACGCGGCGAAAAAGGCGCCACGGGUGAAGUGGGUGCCAUUGGUGUUGCUGGACCUCCUGGCAACGCUGGUUACGUUGGUCCGCGUGGACCCAAGGGCCCAAUUGGUCCAGUUGGUCCCCGAGGUGAUCCUGGACCCCGUGGCCCAGCAGGCGAACGAGGAGACGACGGGCCUGUGGGACCUCAAGGACCCCAAGGCCGUCCAGGACAUAAAGGUUUUCCCGGAGGCGUUGGUGCUCCUGGAGACGAGGGUCUUCAGGGUGACCAGGGCGAGCAGGGUCCAAUCGGAGAAGUCGGACCACCUGGACCUUCUGGUCCUCCCGGUGAAGUUGGACCCAAGGGUGUUAAGGGAGAAAGAGGACGUCGAGGUCGACGUGGAGCGAUCGGUGACACAGGUCCGGUUGGCCCCACUGGCCGUCCUGGUGCAAAGGGUCUCCAGGGCAUACAGGGCCGUGAAGGAGAUCGUGGGUUGUCUGGUGAAAUCGGUGACAUCGGUGAACCCGGUCCAAUGGGUGAAACUGGUCCUCAGGGCGCAACUGGUGAACCCGGACCAGUUGGACUGCCUGGGCCUCCAGGACCACAGGGUCCAAAGGGUGACGCUGGUGACCCCGGUCCAGUCGGUCCACCUGGCAUUGACGGCGAGCCUGGAGAUGAUGGUCCCGAAGGCCCGAGAGGAAUGCGUGGAGAAACGGGUCCCACUGGCAAUGUCGGACCUAUCGGACCGAGGGGACUUACAGGUCCACAGGGAAGAACGGGCCCUAUUGGUCCAGCCGGACCUCCUGGUGAACCCGGAAAGAUGGGCCCUCCCGGUUCAGAGGGUCCACGCGGCCCACGUGGUCGCCAGGGUCCGACCGGACCCGCCGGAAAGACUGGUCCCCAGGGGCCCACAGGACCUCGAGGUGACGUUGGUCCCGCUGGCGUCGAUGGAGAACGCGGCAUUCAGGGUCCCUCAGGUCCUCAGGGACCUUCUGGUCCCCCUGGUGAAGUAGGACCUCAGGGCUCCAUGGGAAUGCCAGGCGAUGCGGGCCCUCGAGGUCCACGGGGACCAACUGGCCCCAAGGGGGAGCCAGGUCCCGCGGGCAGACGCGGAGACCCCGGUUUUCCUGGGGUCAGAGGUGAGCCCGGUGAGUCGGGUGAGACCGGCGACCCUGGACCCAAAGGCGUCCGUGGUGACCCCGGACCCCCUGGUGACACCGGUCCCGCCGGAAACGAAGGAAUGAUGGGCCCACCUGGAGAGCCUGGUCCCAUGGGCUUGCCUGGAAGGGAAGGCUCCGUUGGAGCUCAAGGACCUCAAGGUCCUGCUGGUCCUGUCGGUUUGCGCGGCGAGGAAGGCGCUCCGGGUGAGGAUGGCCCGGUUGGUCCUCAGGGUCCUCCGGGUCCACCAGGUGAAUUCGACACGACUUUCCAGGGAAUCUUCAGGCGCCCAGACAACAGCGACUACCUAUCGGCAAGUAUCACGUCAAGCCAUUACCCUAGUUCCGACAAUGGCUCCGAUGGCUACUCAUCCGACAGCAGCAUGCCAUUUGAGGACAGGAUGCAGGGAGAUGCACCUGAUCCUGAGAAACGCAGCAAAAACGUUGACGCCUUUACGGCUCUGACAAGCGUGUCCAACCUCAUAGAUCGUCUGUACAAAGCCACUGGCAAUCAACGCUUUCCUGCUCAGAGCUGCGCCGACCUUCAUCUGCAUUUGCCCGACUCCCAGGAUGGUGAAUUCUACAUUGACCCUAAUGGUGGUCACUGGCGCGACUCCUUCCCUGUGCAUUGUCAGAUCAGCAGUCUAACAACGGUCAUCCAGCCUUCCAUGAAGCACGCACAGCCAGUCGGUCUACCCCAAGGUGCCUAUCAGGACGGAACCUUCUGGUAUUCUAAUCAAGCCUUCAAAUCCGAUGACGCGGAGUUUUCUUACCAAAUCACAAAGGAUCAACUUGCACACCUCCAACUCUCGAGUGAAACGGCGACACAGAAGGUGGUCAUCAGCUGUCGUUACUACGACCCCAGUAAUAACGUCGUUCUGCUAGGCGACAACAACCAACCCAUCAACCUCAACUCAACGGAUUCCAUUCUCGUCGUGAUUGACGUCUUGGAGAAUUCAUGUUCGGUAAUGCGGUAG